UCAUGCGUUAACCAUCUUUGUUCUCACCAUAAAAAUAAGCAAGAUUUGAAAAGUCAAACAAUCCAACUGGAUAUGCAACGUUUUAAACUACUACUUAAAUGAAUUCUAAAUAAUUGACUGAUUUUAGAAAAGAUCUUCGUACAAAUGUAUCAUCCAGAGAACCUUUUACUUCAUAACCAGAAAGAUCUUCUUAAUUAUUUGCUUCAUGGAGUAAAGCAGAAAGAAUAGUUCUGUAUUUUAUUAUUCUUAACGAAUUAGGGAAGAUUAAAAAGUCAGUAGAAGAUCACCUAAAAAGUAAAAAAUUCUGGGUGGAUUAAAUUAUGAUGAAAUCUUUGCUAAUAGAGGACCUUAAUCUAAAACAAAAAAUAAUAAAAUAGACUAAUUAUUUAAAAGAUCUCCACCAAAGGAAUAUUAUGAUAAUUCCUUUACUUCAUUUCCUAAACCAGUGCGAUAAAAUAUUACUUUAGGUUCAGGCUAUAAAGACUCACCUUAAAAAUCUAAGGAGAAAUUAGAAAGAUUUAAGAAUUGGGAUAAUAGACUGGAUGUCUAAUUAGUACUCUAAAACAAAUCUAUUUCUAAUAGAGUCUCACCAUAAGGUGAUAAACCGUUAUUUUAUAAAUAUGUUAAUGAGGUUUCAAAAGGACUUUUUGAUAAAAGCUCUCCUAAUCUAUAAUUAAACUAAAUACCAAAAAAGAACUUAUUUGAACAUAAAAAGCAAGCCUUCUCUUUCAAUGAUACUUCUUUCAAUGUGUAAAAAUCUAAUUCCUUUUAAAGAAAUCACUCACCGGAACUUUCAAAUAGGUUUGUUGAAAAGAUUGCUUUAACAGACAUUGUAAGAAUGACAUCUCAUUUUCAAUCAUUGUCUACUUAAGAAAUAGGAUAAAUUCCUAGAGGGUAUUAUAAAUAUUAAUUUUAGUUAUGUAUCAGAGCUAAGUAACUUAGCUGAUAUUUUAAUGCGAAUAGUCAAGCGAUCAAAUAAAAAUAGUUGA